AUGUCGUCCUUCCUUCUCCGUCGUGCCACCGUCGCCUCUGCUGGCGCUGCCCGCUCCUUCAGCACCUCCUCGCCGCGAUCCGUUGCCCGCAUCUCCAUCAUUGGCAAUCUUGCCGAUACCCCCGAGAUCCAGCCCACCAGCAGCGGUCGCGAGAUCCUCAAGUACGCUGUCGCCAGCAACACUGGCCCCAAGGACAACCGCCAGACCAGCUGGUUCCGUGUUACCAGCUUUGCUGAGGGUCCCCGAAAGGACUUUUUGCUGAGUCUGCCCAAGGGUGCCAUGGUUUACGUUGAGGGUGAUGCUACGAUCAGCACAUACCAGGACCCCAAUGGCCAGACUCGCAGUGGCCUGAAUAUUGUUCAGCGCAGCAUUGAAGUUCUCAAGCGACCCCAGAACGCCGGCCAGAGCGAGUAA